CAAGCUUUCAGCUCGCUUGUCCUUGGCAUUCAGCGUCUUAACGGGCGUCGAGGCCCGAGAUUCCGUCACAGCUCUAUGCAGGCUGUCAAUUUGGCGCUGCAAGUCAACAAAACGUUCCUCAAUGCUCUGGUCAUCGCACCCAGAGGCGUUUCCAUUAUGCAUAUUCAAAUUCUGCUCCGACAAGAUGGUGGUCAGAGAUCUGCGGCUGUCAUGCCGAACCGAGACAGACGGCGUUCGCAAACGCAGCGCGCUGAGCAUCAAGAUCAUGCUCAGACAACUGGUCCGACAGACCUCCCCAGUUACGAGGAUCAGGACCCUUGUCCUUUGAACGAUGGGAUGGGCCAACAUCGCAGGGGACGGCCGGGCUGACUUGGGCUGGGGACAGGUAGAUCGACUCUAACACCUGAAGGGAGGACGAGAACGGAACGGGGGACGUCUCACUGUUU